GCCUCAUGGAGCCGCACGGGCCCGGCAGCGUCCUCUUCGGCUGUGAGCUGACUGACAGUGCCAAAUCCUACACGUUCAAGGUGGAUGAGGAGGAUGACUCCGACCACAUUUUGGCUCUGUCUGUGGUCUGCCUCACAGACGGUGCCAAGGACGAGUGCAAUGUGGUGGAGGUUGUCGGGCGAAACCACGAGAACCAGGAGAUCUCUGUGCCUGUGGCGAAUCUGAGGUUGUCAUGCCAGCCCUUGCUAAGUCUAGACAACUUCCAGCUUCAGCCUCCAGUGACCUUCCGCCUGGCAGCAGGCUCUGGCCCCGUGCACCUCGCCGGCUGGCACCAGAUCACUCACAGGGAAGAUGUCUCCUUUGAGGAGGAAGAUGACAUGUCUGAGGAGGAAAUUGCUGCUGUCAUGCCAGCCAAGAAGCAGAGAGGGAAGCAGUAACUGGUCUCCUGCAAGGUACUUGCUGAGAUUCCUCCUUAGAUGGUUUUUACCUCGGACACCUCUUGCCAGGACCUCAACUUUUGCUGCUUUCUGCUGUAACUUUUUGGGGGCUGAGGGGCAGGAGCUGCUCCCAGCACAGGGUGGCCCCUCUCUCAUGACCCUAGGAGUCUGAUCCCAAAAUAGGGAUCUGGUUGGUGCUGCUGGUACCUCCCCUCUCCUCUGUCUCUGUCCUGGGAGUCAGGGAUGGUGGAGAGUUCUUUCUUGUCCUGUGCCUUUUUGCAGUCUUGGACCUCUACUCUUUGUACCCCUGUCAUCCUAGUUCUUAAAUGCCCAAUCCUGGCCCUUUCCCCAGGGGCUGGAUGUACAGCCAGAGGUGGGAAGUAGUUUCACUGAGAUUUUUGGAUGUUUGCUUUUCUUUACACACAGCUUGAUAGUUUUUACACAGUCAGAAGUGUUAUGUGAAACCAGAGCUCAGGCUGCAUCCUCAUGUGCAGCAUGUUGGGAUGGGGGCUCAGAAUCUAUCCAUGGUUCAGGGGAAGAGGCUGGGUCCAAAUCCUUUGUAAAGAAUGUUUUUUACAGUUUGAAUAAAGGUCUCUCAGGCAUCA